CCAACAACCCUUUCUCAGCUCCUCAGCUUAUUCUUCUUUCUCUUUGAUCAUUUCUAUAAGAUUCAUAAACAAUUAGUGCAUAUUUUAAAACAAAGUUCCAGGUGGGGAAGAACACAAUCCGACCUGCCUGAACCAGCGACUUAUACGUACAUUACUAUAGUCCUUCGUUGUUCCAGCUAAAGAAAAAUAGCUUCAGAGUUUUGCUUCAGAGAACCAAAACGAAAAACAAAGAGAGAAUGAAGUCUUUCGCGGCGAAGGUGGAAGAAGGAGUUAAAGGGGAAAACGGGAAACCGUCAGUAGGUCCGGUGUACCGGAAUCUUUUGUCGGAGAAAGGUUUCCCUCCAAUAGAUUCUGAUAUCACCACUGCUUGGGACAUAUUCAAUAAAUCUGUGGAGAAAUUCCCUGACAACAAGAUGCUUGGAUGGCGUACAAUCGUAGAUAAGAAGGUUGGACCGUAUAUGUGGAAAACGUACAAGGAAGCAUAUGAAGAAGUUCUGCAGGUUGGUUCUGCGUUACGUGCUCUCGGAGCUGAGCCUGGGUGUCGAGUGGGAAUCUAUGGGAUCAAUUGUCCUCAGUGGAUCGUAGCAAUGGAGGCUUGCGCAGCUCACACUCUAAUCUGUGUACCUCUAUAUGAUACCUUGGGUUCUGGAGCCGUGGAUUAUAUCGUUGAUCACGCGGAAAUCGAUUUUGUAUUCGUCCAAGACACCAAGAUUAAAGGGCUCCUUGAGCCAGAUUCCAUAUGUGCUAAAAGGCUAAAAGCUAUAGUUUCUUUCGCUGAUGUGAGCGAAGGAGAUAGCCUCAAGGCUUCAGAAAUCGGAGUCAAGACGUACUCUUGGCUCGAUUUUCUUCGUAUGGGACGUGAGAAACCGGAAGAGAUUAGUCCACCUAAACCAUUUAACACAUGCACCAUAAUGUACACGAGCGGCACUAGUGGUGAACCUAAAGGCGUGGUUUUGACUCAUGAAGCGGUGGCUACUUUCGUUGUUGGGGUGGAUCUCUUCAUGGACCAGUUCGAAGACAAGAUGACACAUGAAGAUGUGUAUCUCUCGUUCUUGCCUCUGGCUCAUAUUCUUGACCGUAUGAAUGAGGAAUACUUCUUUCGCAAAGGGGCUUCCAUUGGCUAUUACCAUGGGGAUUUGAAUGUGUUACGCGAUGACAUUCAAGAAUUGAAACCAACUUAUCUAGCUGGAGUUCCAAGAGUGUUUGAGAGAAUCCAUGAGGGUAUUCAAAAGGCUCUUCAGGAACUUAACCCUAGAAGGAGAUUUAUCUUCAAUGCUCUCUACAAACACAAGCUUUCAUGGUUGAAUCGUGGAUACUCGCAUAGCAAAGCUUCACCAAUGGCUGAUUUAAUUGCUUUCAGAAAGAUUAGAGACAAACUGGGAGGUCGAAUCCGGUUGCUAAUAUCUGGAGGAGCACCUUUGAGCCCUGAGAUUGAAGAGUUCUUGAGAGUUACUUGUUGUUGCUUUGUCCUCCAAGGCUACGGUCUGACGGAGACGCUUGGAGGAACGGCUUUGUGUAUCCCAGAUGAGAUGUGUAUGCUAGGGACAGUCGGUAUACCGGCGGUUUACAACGAGAUACGGCUUGAGGAGGUGGCUGAAAUGGGCUACGACCCACUCGGUGAAAAUCCCGCAGGCGAGAUCUGUAUAAGAGGAAAAUGUUUGUUUUCUGGUUAUUACAAGAACCCUGAGCUUACAGAUGAAGUCUUGAAAGACGGAUGGUUCCAUACAGGAGAUAUAGGUGAGAUUCAGCCAAAUGGAGUACUCAAGAUAAUUGAUCGUAAAAAGAAUUUGAUUAAACUUUCUCAAGGAGAGUACGUUGCUCUUGAGAAUCUGGAAAACAUCUACGGGCAAAACUCUGUAGUACAAGAUAUAUGGGUUUAUGGAGACAGCUUCAAAUCAAUGCUUGUCGCGGUGAUUGUUCCAAACCCUGAAGUCGUGAACCGGUGGGCUAAAGAUCUCGGUUUUAAUAAACCAUUUGAAGAACUCUGUUCUCUCUCGGAGUUGCAAGAACACAUCAUUUUAGAACUGAAGUCCACGGCAGAGAAGAACAAGCUAAAAAGGUUCGAGUACAUCAAAGCAGUGACGGUGGAGAUAAAACCUUUCGACUUAGAGAGAGACUUGGUGACUGCGACGCUCAAGAAUAAGAGGAACAAUCUUCUCAAGUAUUAUCAGGUACAAGUCGACGAGAUGUACAGAAAAUUGACGUCCAAGAAAAUCUGAAAGCACUGAGAUGAUGUGUGUGUCCUAAUAUUGAUAAUUAUGUUAUAUAUAUAUGUAUCAAUAAUUGAUCAAAAUGAGCCUUAUGCUCGCUGUAAUGUUGUAUUUCUAUUCUAUGUUGAAUGAUCACUUGCAUCAUAAUUAUUAGUAUUUAUUUUUUUCUUUUC